AUGGCGGACUGUAAGCCGAUAUCUGUUCCAAUGGAGUGCCGCCUCCGAUUGCAGAAAGGUGAAGACUCACAGCGUACCUCCAAGCCGUACCGGGAGUUGGUAGGCUGUCUAAUGUAUGUAACACUUACCACUCGGCCGGAUCUGUUCGCGGCGGUAAACUACUGCAGCCAGUUUCAAAGCUGUCUAACGGAUGAGCAUUGGGCGCAUUUGAAACGCAUAUUACGAUAUGUGAAGGGGUCGUUGGAUAUUGGCCUAAAGUUUCAAGCUGAUGACGAGGCUCCUGUACUUUCAGUCUUUUGCGAUGCCGACUGGGCGAACAACGUAGUAGAUCGACGCUCAGUAACCGGAUAUAUUCUGAAAGUGUUCGGGUGUACGGCUGUCUGGGGCACCAAAAAGCAGCAAUCAGUAUCUUUGUCGUCAAAUGAAGCGGAACUGGUUGCCUUGUGUGCUGCCGUCUGCGAAGGAUUGUGGCUCAAGCGAUUGAUGAAGGAGUUGGGAUACGAAAUAGACACCAUUCCAUACUUUGAGGAUAACCAGAGUACUAUAAGAAUCGUUCGGGAGCCGAAGGCCAGAAGUCGGCUUAAGCACAUUGAUGUUAAAUAUCAAUUUGUCUGCGACUUGGUUCAGCAGGGGCAUAUUGAAUUGCAAUACGUAUCAACGGUGCAACAGGAAGCGGACAUUAUGACCAAGGGGCUACCUGCAGCACAGUUUCGUCGACUACGAGAAAAAUUAUUUGUUACAGCAAUUGAGCAGGGGUAA